AACCUAGAUUCACAGAAAGUUGCAAAAUGCAUUGCCAAGGCAUUGCCAAUGCCAUUGGCCAUCUGGUCUCUAUCUAGAGUCUACAAUGAAUAUUGCAUGGAAAUCUAUGUUUCUCCUUAUAGCUGUGUGGGGGGGGGUGAUCAAAUUAUGUGUACAGCAUAGAUCGUACUGAGUUCUAGCAUAGUGUUUGUGUAAGUCUGAGCACUACAUGUACAUGUACUGUACGAUCACAUGGUCUGCCAUAUACAGGUAAUGCAGAAUCUAGUGUUAGAUAAAAAAUUAAAUAGGCUUAGCAUAUAACCAGACUUGUUCGCCUAACCGUUAUAAAAGCGAAAACUUGACCUGGGAUCGAGGCUAAUACCAGACUUGAAAAGAUCUAUUCACUGAAAGCUUUUCAACUGAAUUUCUCAUGGAUUCUCAAAAUAUUUUAGUCUAUCUUUUCCCCACGCCAGAGAAGGACAUCAGCUCACCCCAAGUCACUGCAGCUCUGUCUAGUGUCAAUGGAUAUGUGUCAAGUGAUGUGAUUCAAGGAUCUAACGAGAGACUGAUAGCCUGCAGUUAUGUGGGCAGUCAAGAACAGUUUGUCAGUAACAUUAUGUCUGCAGUGAAGAAGGACUGCGGUUUGGAAUUGUUUGUGUGCCCUUGCAUUGAGAACACCAGUCAUGGUGCUCUGAUUCAGGUGGAAGGUAUGACAUGCAACUCUUGCGUAAGGCUUAUCGAGAGCACUCUUCCAACACAAAAUGGAGUUAUUGGGGUCAAUGUCUCAUUGGCCAAUAAAGAAGCUUUUGUUGUUUACAAUUCGCAAGAAAUGAAUGCUGACAAUAUCUCCAACAAUAUUUACGAUAUGGGCUUUGAUGCUGAAGUAAAAAAAACGUUUCCCUGUCUCACUAAGCCCUCUGCUGCUCCAGCAACAGAGAAACAAAUUGAUGCAAGUAGCAUAACACUGCGAGAGGCUCUCUUGAAACCAGACCCCAACAAGAAAAGAGUUGACAGUAUUGGCAUUGAUGGUAUGACAUGCCACUCAUGUGUGAACCUGGUUGAGAGCACUGUGGGGGAACUCCCUGGAGUGAUGAGCGUGCAGGUGUCCUUAGAAUGUAAGGAGGGUGUGGUGGAGUACAACGAUGCUGUAGUCUCAAAGGAACAGAUCAAGGAGGCCAUAGAUGAUAUGGGAUUCAUUGUCACUUACAUUACAGAAACAUCUGUGAGUCCACUUGGUCCAGAGGAUGCUGCAAUGCCAUUAGCUGAUGAGAUUGAAGAAAUUGGCCUUGGUGACAAACCUUUGCUUCCCAAUGCAAGAAAGUCAAACCAAAAAAGUAAAAAGCGCUCCCACAAAAAAAAGAAGAAGUCAGUCUCUAGGAAGAAAGAGGCUUCUAGAGCUUCUGAUGAGAGCAGCCAACAGUUGCUGAUCACAGACAGAAAAAGGGCCCAAAUUCAAGUUACUGGCAUGAGCUGUGCUUCCUGUGUCGCCAGGAUAGAGAAAGAGUUGGGAAAGAAACCAGGAGUUCACUCGGUGGUGGUAGCUCUGCUGUCAGAGAAGGCUGAAAUCCAGUACAACCCGGAGCAGACUGACCCAGAGAAGCUUGUCAGGGACAUAUCUAGUCUGGGCUUUGGGGCAAACCUCAUUGCAGACCAAAAUGGACACCAGCAGGGGAAGAUCAACUUGAUUAUUGAAGGCAUGACCUGCUCCUCGUGCGUGCAUAUGAUAGAGCGCACUCUCCUGGGCACGAAUGGAAUAGGUAAAGCUGUCGUUGCACUCUCAACCAACAGGGGUCGUAUUGAGUUUGACCCCACCAUCCUUGGACCGCGUGAUGUCAUACAAAUUGUCAAGAAUGCUGGGUUUGAUGCUCGUAUAGACAAUGAAGGCAGCUCCCAAAGUAGUCUCAGUGACAGUCGCACCCUUCGCAAAUGGCGCAACACCUUCAUCUUCUCUCUAGUGUUUGCUAUCCCCACAGUGAUUGUUGCCUUCAUGCCUAUUGAAUGGCCUGUCAUUGCACCUGGGCUCAAUCUCAGAGAAGUUCUUCUUUUCACCCUUGCCUCUAUUAUACAGGUUGUUGGAGGAUACCCGUUUUAUGUAUCUGCAUACAAGUCCCUGCGUCAUUGUGCUGCUAAUAUGGAGGUACUCAUCGCCCUGGCAACCACCAUCGCCUAUGUCUAUUCAGUGAUAGCUCUGAUCGUAGCAAUCACAGUGACCCACCAAGAGACAAAGACGUUCUUUGAGACUGCACCCUUGCUCCUGGUGUUUGUUUCCCUUGGCCGCUUUCUGGAAAAUUUUGCUAAAGGGAAGACAUCAGAGGCUCUGGCUAAACUCAUGUCCCUCCAGGCCACAGAGGCCAGACUCAUUAAGAAAGCUUUUGAUGGAGCUGCUUUAGAAGAAGAGGAGCUUAUAGCAGUGGAACUAGUCCAGAGAGGAGACACCAUCAAGGUGGUGCCUGGAGAAAAGAUCCCAGUUGAUGCCACAGUCAUCAGUGGCAGCUCAAGUGUGGACGAGUCACUCGUCACUGGUGAGUCAAUGCCAGUGAGCAAGAAAAAAGGGGACACUGUUAUCGGAGGCACUCUCAACCAGAAUGGAGUACUCUAUCUGGAAGCAACUCACAUUGGAUCAGAUGCCAUGUUGGCACAGAUUGUAAAGCUAAUUCAAGAGGCCCAGACGUCUAAAGCACCCAUCCAGAGGAUAGCUGAUCGCAUUGCUGGCUACUUUGUCCCUACCAUUUUGCUCCUUGGGAGCAUCACUCUGGCUGUCUGGUUGGCCAUCAUCAUCACUCUACAGAACACCACACCACAGGACCACUGCUCUUCAUCUGCUAAUUCGUCCAACUUUUCAAGCUCCUAUUUUGAGGGCAACUUUUCUAUUAAUGCAACAGACAUUCUUCCCAGUCAGAUAUGCUACUCCAUUAGCAAAGCAUUUACUCACGCCAUGGCCGUGCUCCUGAUUGCUUGUCCGUGUGCACUAGGACUGGCCACGCCCACUGCUGUGAUGGUGGGCACUGGUGUGGGGGCUGUCAAUGGGAUACUCAUCAAGGGCGGAGAGCCACUGGAAACCACACACAAGGUGAAAACUGUCGUGUUUGACAAAACUGGCACUAUUACUCAUGGAAAGGCCAGGGUUACCAAAGCAAUCCUGUUUGUCAAAGAGGCAAUCUGUACUAGUCCCCUCUUCACUAUCCUUGUGGGUCUGGCAGAGAGCAACUCUGAGCAUCCUCUGGGAAAAGCGGUCGUCAAAUAUGCUAGACAGGCCCUGGGUGAAUUGAGAGGAGAGUGUCGAGACUUUGAGGCAGUGCCGGGUCACGGGCUGCGGUGCACUGUUUGGGGAGUGGACCAAUACUCCAAGUCUGACACGUGGGGAGACACCACGCCACUCAAGAGACUCAUCGUUGUACAGAGUACUUCUUCCCUCUUACCUCAGCAGAGCAAUGGAGCCAGUCCAUCUAGGAAUUAUGAGGUACUGAUUGGGAAUCGGGAAUGGAUGAAUGUGAAUGGGAUAGAUGUGGUAAUGGGAAUGGAGGACAAGAUUCAGGUCUGGGAGACGCAAGGAAGAACUGUAGUCUUGGUAUCUGUAGACGGUAUCCUUGUUGGUGCAAUAGCCAUUGCAGACAGCAUCAAAUCUGAGGCACUGGUGGCGGUAUCCUCCCUGAAGAAGAUGGGCCAAAGAGUGGUGCUACUCACUGGUGACAAUAGGAGAACAGCUCAAGCCAUUGCAGAGGAGGUUGGAAUUCACGAGGUUUAUGCUGAAGUGCUGCCUUCUCACAAGAAGAACCAAAUAUCUGCUCUUCAACAAGAGGGGAAAGUGAAGGUGGCCAUGGUUGGUGAUGGUAUCAAUGACUCUCCUGCUCUGGCUCAAGCUGACGUUGGCAUAGCAAUUGGGACAGGGACUGAUGUUGCAGUCGAGGCAGCUGACAUCGUACUAGUGAAGAGCAACCUUGUUGAUGUUGUGGCAGCCAUUGAUCUUUCUCGUCGAACAGUUCGUAGAAUACGGCUCAACUUUUUUUGGGCAGUAGUCUACAACAUGAUAGGCAUCCCAAUUGCUGCAGGUGUCUUGUCACCUGUUGGUAUUACCCUUGAGCCGUGGAUGGCCAGUGCCGCAAUGGCCUUCAGCUCUGUCACUGUUGUCUGCAGCUCUCUCCUGCUCAAAUGCUACAUGAAGCCUAACCUGGAAAAUUUCAUGGACAUCGACCCUCAUCCCAGCAAUUCAGAGCAGUCUGUACUCGUUCCAAAGCACAAGUUAUCGUACAAACUCUUUUCUAGUUCCCAUCUCCCACUCCACAAGAGAGCUUUGUUGUUCCUGGGUUUGGACCGCCUCGCUGGAACUGGGAUGAAACUUACAGUGCACAGUGAUUUUAUGGCUGUCUUGCCCAACAUAGAUGACACCAGUAAUAUAGUUUACAAUAGUAUUGUGUAACCUCCAGCUGCAGUACAUAACUGCCAUGCAUAAUUAUAAUUUAUACUGUACAAUAAUUUAUAGCUACUGUAUUCCUCUGUGGGUAUCCCCCCCCCUGCAGGCAUAAAUAAUCGUAUUGCUCCUUGUAUUGUAACUCAUGAUCAAUUAGUUAUAUAUUUUGUAAAGUGAAACAUAACACGUUCUUCGAUUUCGAUUUCACAGUAAUAAUUAAAAGUAGUUGAAGUUCAAAACAAAAUGAGUCAAGUUACAAAAGGCAAUUAUGACACAGUCCAUGACGUUUUCAAGGAAGAUUUGCAAAGAGUGGCUUCUUGGGAAACUCAUACAUCACUCGAGCACUAAUCUCUUUGCCCUCCGUGUAGACAGACAGAGUCAUGAAAAGCUUCAACACCUCUGAACCUAAUCUCUGAAUGUUGGAGAUGCGUAUCAUCGUGGAGACGAGUUGUGGGCUCUCCCCCUGACCACCCACAUCACUGUCAUCAAGGGGGGAGUCAAAGCUGCACUCUGUCUGAUAACCAACCACUCCUUGACCUUCC